AUUUUCUAUUUUUUAAAUGUGUUCCAGAAAAAAAUGCCAUUUGUAACGCUUCUCACCAACCUAAAGUUGGCAGCUCUACCGAAGGACAUUAUGCCAAGGUUAAUUACCCAUCUAUCCCCUUUACUGAACAAACCUGCACAAAACUUUAACUGGGUUUGUGAAACGGAAAAGAAUAUGUCAAAGGGUCCUGAAGUGUCUGAUGCACCAAUGUACUGGCUAAAGAUUGAAUCUAUUGGUAGUUUUGAGGAUCCGAAAACAUCAAACACAAUUACUCCAGAAAUAUUCAAAUUCUUCACAGACGAGCUCAAAAUAAAUCAGGAUAAUAUAGUGAUGACCUUCUAUAAUCUGAGAACUAGCGACGUGGCAAAAAGUGGAAACACUGUUGAAGUACUUAGUAGAAUAUAAAUUCAUGAAAACGGAAAUAUGUUUUAUAUUCAAUGUUUCAAUUCCAGAUCAGCUUUUAAAUUGUAUAUAUCUAUAUCAUUUGU